AUGAGUUUCUCGUCCCUCAGUUCCGUUCCGGCAGCGGUUACAGUUAUUAUGAACCUCUUAUAUCUAUGUUUAGGCAAUGCAACCUACUUCAGAAAUUUCUCCACACCAGCGGCGUACGAUCCGUGUUACGACGAGGAUCGACCGCGCCGCUGCCUGCCGGACUUUGUGAACGCUGCAUUCGGUGUACCGAUCGUGGCCUCUUCGACGUGCGGCCAACGUGGCCCGGUACGGCUCUGCAGUGACAGCGGCGGUGGCGGUGGCCCCGGACGCCACUGUCUGCAGUGUGAUGCCGGGAGCGCCCGGAAGCGCUACCCACCGGGCGCCCUGACCGACGUCAACAACUCGGCCAACGUGACCUGCUGGCGAUCGGAACCGCUCCGAUCACCCACGUCCAUCAACGAUCCGCCCGACAACGUGACGCUCACGCUGUCGCUCGGCAAAAAGUUCGAGCUAACGUACGUGACGCUCACGUUCUGCCCCGGCACACCGAAACCGGACUCGAUCGCCAUCUACAAGAGCGUCGAUUAUGGGCGCACCUGGCAACCGUUUCAGUUCUACAGCUCGCAGUGCCGGCGUGUCUAUGGCCGGCCAAACCGGGCCAUGAUAACGCGUGCCAACGAGCAGGAAGCGCGCUGUACCGACGCGCACCGUCACCUGAGCGUCGGUGAGGGGGGCGCCGGGGCUGGUACCGGUGCCGGUGCCGGGGCCGCCACUGCCGGAACACCCGCCACGGCGCGCAUCGCGUUCAGUACGCUCGAGGGCCGGCCGUCGGCCGCCGAUUUUGACUCGUCGCCGGUACUGCAGGACUGGGUGACGGCGACCGAUGUGCGCGUCGUCUUUCACCGGACGACGCCUACGACGACGACCACCGUGAUCUCCAGGGCGAGCCCUAAGCAGAGCGGAGGACAGUCGGUGGCGGCGGCGGUGCCGCGGUUGGCCGGGAUGAACCGGCAACCGGCCACGCACUAUCAUCAUUACGCCGUGUCCGAUUUUGCCGUCGGUGGGCGGUGCAAGUGUAAUGGGCACGCGUCGCGCUGUCUGGCGGUGUCUGGGGGCCACGGUCGCGAUACCGAGCUGGCCUGCGACUGCAAGCAUAAUACGGCCGGCCGGGACUGUGAACGGUGCAAACCGUUCCACUUCGAUCGACCGUGGGGCCGCGGUACCGUCCGGGAUGCUAACGAGUGCAAAGUGUGUAACUGCAACGGGCACGCGCGCCGCUGCCGCUUCAACAUGGAGCUGUACAAGAUGUCGGGCCGGAUUUCGGGCGGGGUGUGCCUGAGCUGCCGGCACGCGACCACCGGUCGGCACUGCCAUUACUGUCGCGAGGGCUACUACCGGGACGCCACCAAACCCGUCACGCACCGGAAGGUGUGCAAAGCAUGCGAUUGCCAUCCGAUCGGUUCGUCCGGCAAGACGUGCAACCACACGACGGGCCAGUGCUCGUGCAAGGAUGGCGUUACCGGGUUGACGUGCAACCGGUGUGCCCGCGGAUACCAGCAGAGCCGUUCGCACAUCGCACCCUGCAUCAAGAUACCGCGGGUCAUCAGUAUGGUGCAUCCGCAGAAUACGGCCCCGGACGGUCAGCACGGUAACCACCACCAUCCGCACCAACAGUACCAUCAGGUGUCAGUGUCAUCGGCGUCGUCAUCGUCAUCGUCGUCCGGCGAUCCGGAUGUGCCCUCGUACCGCACGGACUCCGGCCGUGAGUGCGGAAAGUGCCGAAUCGGCACGCGGCGGCUCAACCUGAACAAGUUCUGCAAAAGGGAUUACGCAAUCAUGGUCAAGGUGAUCGGAAGGGACACGAAAGGGACCGCAACCGGAAAACAGACGCAGAGGACAAACAGCGGCGGCGGCAGCGGAACCGGCACCGGCAGCAGCAGCAGCAGCGCCGUCUACCAGCAACCGUACCACCACCAGCAUCAUCAUCGCGCCCAUCAGCAGCGGCCAGUGGUCGUGCCCGGGGAGAGCAACGCCGGCAGCGUGGUCAGGUUCAUCCUAAGCGUACAGAAGGUCUUCAAGCGAAGCCGCAACCCCGGCAACCUGCUGGCAAGGGUCAGCAGCAGCAGCGGCAGCAACGGAAACAGCGGCAACAAGUGGUCCACGGUACCGUUCGUCGUCAGCGCCCACGAGCUGGGUUGCCGGUGUCCGAAGCUGAAGCUCAAUAGAUCCUACCUGAUACUGGGGCGCGACUCGGAGGCAUCGACACCGGGGGCGCUCGGUGUGGGACCGCGUACGAUCAUCAUCGAGUGGCGCGACGAGUGGCACCGGCGGUUGCGCAAGUUCCAACGGCAAGCCCUCCGGACCUGCGACCGUACGGCCACGGUGUGAGUGCGAGGA